AUGAAGUGGAACAUUUUCGCAGCGAUCGUAGCGAUCGCCGGUAGACAAGUUGCCGCCCAUGCCACUUUCCAGCAACUUUGGGUCGAUGGAACUGACAUGAUACGCUCGCAGUGUGCAAGAUUGCCUCAGAGCAACUCGCCUGUCACAAAUGUCGCUGGUAACGAAAUGAGGUGCAACGUCGGCGGAACCAGUGGCGUGAAUGCCAAAUGCCCUGUCAAGGCUGGUGGAGCAGUCACCAUUGAAAUGCAUCAGCAAAACGGCGACAGAAGCUGCAAGAACGAAGCCAUUGGCGGCGCGCAUUACGGCCCGGUCAUAGUCUACCUCAGCAAAGUCGACAACGCCGCCACAGCCGACGGUUCCUCGGGCUGGUUCAAGAUCUUCCAAGAUGGUUGGUCCGCUAAAUCCGGUUCCGGCUCCGGCGACGACGAUAAUUGGGGUACCAAAGAUCUCAAUACCUGUUGCGGCAAGAUGGACGUUCCCAUCAGCAGAGACAUCGCUGAUGGCGACUACCUUCUUCGCGCGGAAGUCAUCGCGCUCCAUGCGGCCGGUCCGUCGGGCGGAGCGCAGCUUUACAUAACCUGCUUCCAGCUCUCCGUCUCGGGCGGCACGGGAACGGCGAAGCCCGCGACGGUUAGCUUCCCGGGGGCUUACAAGGCGAGCGACCCGGGUAUCGCUGUCAAUAUUCAUGCGAAGCUGUCUGGAUAUACGGUCCCUGGUCCUGCUGUUGCUUCGAUCGGAACCACGAAGACGGCAGGUUCUGGAUGCAGUGGUUGCGCUUCUACGUGCGACGCAGCUAAGGGACCUGUUGGCACGGCGCUUCCUGUCUCGCCUGUAGGUGGAGGAGGCACGUCUCCUGGGACUGGAAGCCCGCCGUCGUGUACUGUUCAGAAGUAUGCGCAAUGUGGUGGUCAGGGUUGGACGGGAUGCACCACCUGCGCCUCCGGGUCAACUUGCCAGGGUGUAUCGGCGCCGUAUUAUUAUCAAUGCGCCUAG